AAACGAGCCUCCCCCUAACAGCUUGACUAUGACCCGCCCCCGCGAACCAGAAACAGGAGAUAGUCUGACGGAUAGCGCAGGAGAAAGCCAGGUUGGAGCUGCCCCGGGAAGUCGGGAGUCUGCCAGAGUCAACGCAGAGCAACGCCAUUUCCCCAUUCACUAAGGGAGCUUAAAACUGAAACUACAGGUAUGAUAUUUUUGGUUAUAUUCGGUUAUUUUCCUGACAAAAUAACGCCCCUUAUCCCGGUCUAAGCGCGGCUAAGCUCUUUACCCGGGCCUGGGAACGGCCCUUAGGACUUAAGCGGCAGACUGAAGCAGCAGACCGGGUCAGAGAUUUCAGGAGAGAAGGAGGCUGGGUCACCAACAAGACGAGGCCUGUGGGGCAGACGUUCACGCCUCCUUGUUAAGGGAAUGCUUGCGAAAGACACAUACUUUAGUGUUUCCAACAUUUCGGACCAUGUACAAGCGAUGAGGAUUUCUCUGGGCUAAUAAUUUGAUUGACCGGUAUUUCGAUUUAACGUCCAACCGUGUUAUCCGACCACUUUCUGCCGAGUGGAUCAGUGAUUGUCGUAGUUUAACACUUCUAACCUAACGCAGCUUGUAACUACCACGACCACUGACACAUUUAGAGGCAGAAAGUCGCCUGUAAAGAGACUCGUUAACACCGGCUAACAUUAGUGAGUGGCCCACGUUGGUUAGCUCGCUCUGGUGUUAGCUAGCUCAUUCAUAGCCUUUUCCUGCAUGCUCUUUACUAUGUUAGCAACUACUUGUAGCCACGUCCAGGCCACUCUUGAGCCUCCUCCACCACUACUCUUUCUUGCCAGUCAUGUUGGUUGUAGUUAGCUGACCGCUGGUUUAUGUGUCUCCUCACACUUUUCCUUCGACUUUCAUUGGGUUAUCAAGUGAUUUUUGAGCUGGAUGGGCCAGUCCAACUAGGGCAGUUAACGCUGGAUCAGUUUUACAUUUUCAGUGAAUGUAGUCUAUACACAUAGUUUGUACACUGCCAUUUCAUGUUUUGGAUCAAUAGUGCACAUAAGGCCCACGAUCAGACGUGACCAAGCAUGCUGGGACAUUUGGUAUUAAAGUGUAGUGAUCAGCCCAUUUUGAAUCAGGCCAUUGCAAAGACAGUCAGAGGUGUUGUUUUUGAUCACGGAUACCUUUAGUUGAUCGUCACUGUAGUUGGCAACAUCACACGUCAGCAAUAAGGUGGUGACUGGAGACAUGACGAUGCAUAUCUGUCACUUGUGUGUCCUGAUGGCUUCAGGGUGUAUCUUUUCAGGUGGUAACCUAACUUCAGUGUGAAGCUAACUGAGAACUUGUUGGUGUUUUUGACAAUCCUGCAGAGGUAUUUUCUUUUAUUGUGUGAAACAUGCUUCCUUAUUUCAGACUUCAGAGGAAGAGCAGGGGGUUUCAAAGGAACCACAUUUUUUUUGUAAAUGUAUUUCAAGUACUCUACAUUGUACUUUGGCACUUUCUUUUUAGUUUAUGACCAAGAUACUGAUUGUGGUGAAUUGCUACUUUGUUAUCCUAACAACCUGACCACUUAGGCAGAAUUAUGAUCUAAUUGUCCUACAUAUGACUCUCAUUUAGAUAUAACCUACGAUCAGUGAAACUGUGCCUUGAAUCUAUUUGAUACACAUUUGUUGUAACAGACUGCACUGGAAGUGUUUUUUAUGCUACAAUGACACUCAUUAAACUUUAACAGUUGGUCAAGUAUCACAAAAUAUCUAAGAGCAAGGAGAGGUGAGCAUUUGCAUUUUUACUGGAACUGACACCAUCAUAACACUUGCUGCAUUCAAUUUUCAUACCGUAGAUUACAUAUGUGGUCUGUGGGAAACCAACUACAGAAACUGCUCAUUUGAAUACCUCCAGUUUUGGGCUUUCCUGAAACCAUAGACUGGCUGUUAGCUCUUGAACAUGUUGACUGUUGAGUGCAGCAUGGCCUGGUUUUCAAGGACUGUCAGCACUGCUCUUUUGGCCUGAUAGAUAUCAGGAGUUCCCUCUCUCUCCUGUCCUGCCAAAUCAAAAGGCCCGGCCAGCCAAGUGGCCAGAUUCCGGGGAGCCAACAGCCCGAGAGGGCUUUGUCCUCCUGGCUCAUUUUGAUGCUGGGACAAGGCUCAGGCUGCACAAUAAGGAAGCACAUGCACCUUCCACUCUGAGUGAGGCCUGGAAGAGAAAGACAGCAAGCAGGCCUCAAACUUUCGCACUGCCUGCUCCACCCAUACCUAAGAGGCCAAGAAGCAGUGUUGCUUUGAGAGUUAUUUCACAGCUUCAUUUUUUUUCUGACAUGGGAGUUCCCUGAAACAUGAAACGAAUACAUAAAAAAGAAUUUCCUGAUUUGGUAGCUGGCCGCUGAGCACUGAACUGAAAACCUUUUUCACCCAUGCUGCAAAGGUAGUACAUACUGUACUUGAGCCUCUACAGUCUUUGCUCUGAUGUUAUAAAACUUAGAAAGUACUCUUGUGAGUAAAGGAAAACAUGCUGCUGGUAUAGGGUUUCUGUAUUGAUAUGUCACCAUCUAUUAUCUCCAAAUGAGGUCACAGAUUAGAUAACUAUUCAGCAGACAGAAGAGACUGACAAACUCUUCUAUUCAGUGAAAGUUGGUGGUUUUGAUUCAUGGUUUGUGUCUUGACUUUGUGCCCAGUUUUCUCUUAAACCUACAGUUUUUUUCAGCUGAAUAUUUUUUCAUGAGUUUGCCUUCAGCUGUAGCUCAUUGAGUACGGAGGAAUGCAUGCUCUUUGACACAGAUGCCAUACAAGCAGCUCAGAGGAAAUGAAGUGGAGAGGUAUGAUAGGUUAGGUAUAAAGCCAACAUUAAAACAAAUCACAACAUCAUUUCUUGACAACCAUGGCUCCUCUUAAAUAUGUCUAAAAAUAUUAAAAAUGGUUUGAAAAGAUGAUCUCACGGGAGCUCAGGGAGAAACUUGGUGCUGAAAAAGCAAAACGAGAAGUAAAAGGUACUCAUUAUUAUAACCGUCUUGUUACACUCUUGUGUGUUUUUGCAGAUGUACAGAAACAAGGUCAACAUAACACUAUAGCGCUAAGCCUUCCACUCCUCAGGAAGGCCUGCAGUGGAAAGUUAUUCUUAAAUGUAUUAUCAUGGGUAAUCUGCUUAAUCCAAAUUACUAAAGAGGUCUGCUCUACGACGCUGACUCCCACGCUAUAUUACUGCCACAGAUCUCAAGGAUAGGAUGUGAUUGGGCUGCAUAGUGUCUGGUGGUUUGCUGUCAGUGCCACCCUACAUGCAGGUUUUAUUUUGGUUCUUUAGGUAUUGCUGUUAGAAACACACCUCAAAAUUUCAGUUUUUUUUCACCUUUUUCUUGGCAAAGUUGAAGUCAACACGCUUGGACAGAGAAAAUAUAACAAUUUAUAAAGUAUUUAAUUCAAAAGUAAAAAAAAAAAAAGGAAACCAGAGGAAGAUUAUGAAUUCUUGCGCAGUGUUGGAUCAUUGGAUUAAUCAGAUUACUUGGCUGAGGCGCUGCAUUAAUUAAUAUGCAUGUGUGUAAAAUGUAUGAGUAACUGUUGCUAUGACAAAUAAAUCUAUUGCAUCUCUUGCCAUCAUGCAGACAUUUUUCAGUCUUUUGAUGCCAAGAAAUGACAGUUAUUCUUGUAGCUGCUUUGGAUUAGGUGGUUUUAAAACGAGCACUAAAUUAUAACUGAUUUAUUUGAAUUGAUCUGUCAGUUCAAUCUUUCUGUGGAGCCUGGACAUAACUAAACAAAGCUCCUUAAAAAAAAUUGAUGGCAGAUGUGAAACUCAAGUCAUCCCAGGACCUCUUGACUCUGUCAACUUUGCCUGCUCUUGAAGAAGACCCUCUUCUCUGUGGGCCUGAGGCAGACAGGGGCCAAACUGCAGCUGCAGCAGCCCCCAGCUCUGGGUGACACUUGCUUGUGGGUGUAUUUUUGCCUCUUGCAAAUCCAUCAUAAUAUGAGUCUAGAAUACCACCGAGUUGUCCUUGUGGGGGCUGAAGGAGGGGAGUGACAAAACGAGACAGUGAGUGAGCCAUCUUCAAUUUAGCUGAGUUGUUCUUGACCUAUUUUGUCACCUUUUAAGCUGCCAUGAGAGAAGCUGGUGGCUUAUACUCUCCUUUUAAUAACUUACUCUAUCUGUCCAGUCACAGGAAAUGCUUCAAGUGGAUUUUUUUAUAACUGAAACAGAAACCAAGUAGUGAAGAGGAGUGGCAGCAGAUACAGUGAAUGUUUGAGCUGGAAAGGAAACCAAUUUCUCUAAGUUGACUGUGCACCAAUAUAAAGUUUGAAAUGUUCUCAGGUGACUCCUUCUUCAACCAGUGACUGAUAAGAGUCUUUAUUGUAUCAGGAUUACUCAUUGUAUUGAUCUAUUAUAUGUGUUAUAGGCCCAACUAGGCCCUAGUUAUACGUAAAGUCGUAUCGCUGGUGUAGUCUAAUCUAAUUGGAUCAUGCCAUGAAGAGAGACGAUGACAUGAGUAGGAGUCCCUCUCUUGCACCUUCUCUGCAAUGCAAAUGUGCUUACACCUCCUUUAUACUGCCUCUGCAGCUUCCAUAAUGUUGUACAUGUACAGUGUGUGUAAAUUAUCAGCAGUGUGCCUCAAAGAUGUUGGUGUCAACUCGGAGUACAGACUUAUAGCACAGUUAUCCCUUAUUUAUAUGUGUGUCUUUCUUUCCUCAUCUUUUUUAGAAUGGCGGUGGAUAUCUACGACUCUCAGUACCUGCUCAUCCUGGCCCCUUCCCUGGUCAUCGCCCUCAUGUUCCUCUUCUUCUGGCUCUUCAUGAAGGAAACCUCGUACGACGAGGUGCUAGCCAGGCAGAAACGGGACCUCAAGCUACCACCAUCCAAGCCAGACACCCGUAAGAGGAAUGAGAAGAAGAAGAGCAAGAAGAAGGAGAGUGCCAGCGGAGGAGGCGGUGGAGGAGGUGGAGGCGGAGGAGAGUCAGAGGAGGACGUUCGGGAUUUUGAUGGGGUCGAUGGUGCCAACAGCUCCUCUCUAGAGGUGGAGGAAGAACCUGCACCAGUGGUCACACCAGAGCCAGAUCCACCAACACCCACUCCAUAUGUGCCUGUUUCAGCGACUCCAGAAGCUCCUGUCAGUCUGAGGGAGAGGAAGAAGAAGGAGAAAAAGGCGGCCAAAGCUGCAGCGGCUGCUGCUGCUGCAGCUGCAGCUGCUGCAGCUUCCUCCUCGGAUGAGCCAGAAGUGAACGGCUCAAAGCCGAUCAGCAAGAAGACAGAGCAACCUCUGGCUACAAGCAAACAGUCCAUUCCUCCCUCCCCUCCGAUUGAGGCCCAGGUCCAGGUCACUCAGGCUCCCGUUCAAGCUCAGACGCCUCCCCAAAGCUCUGGGAGGAAGAAGAAGGAGAAGAAACAAAAAGCAGAGCCUGGUGAGUAGCGGGUAACAAAGUUACAAAUGGAAAAAGUUAAGUGAAGUGAGUGUAAGCUAAGUCAAAGAGGGAGGUGGUCAAAGAAUGUGAAAUAGGAGGUUAGCCACAGACACCACAACCUCAUUAAGUGUAAGGAUAAUUGAAUUUCCUCAAUUGUUAGUCUUAAAACAGCCUGCUGGAGAUUGACAGCAUUAUUCCCUUAUCUGUUCUUUUCCAGUUGAUGACCAGCAGCCCGAGGUUAAAGCAGAACAGGCUCCAGCUUCAGCCAAGAAGGAGGCCCCUGUUGUUGCUGAAACCAAAGUUCUGGAUGGUGCAGCUCCAAGUGCUCCCAGUGGCAGGAAGAGGAACUCUGCCAAAAAACAGAAGACCGAGCCUGGUAAUGAUUGUACAGUGGUCUCAAUUUCUUUUAAGAGACCAUGAUCUGUUUUUAAACUAUCGCCUUAACAUUUCACCUUGCAUUGCGUUUUUUUUUUUUCUCCAAAUCCAGUUGAUGAUGCCAAUGUUAAGGCCGACUCAGCGGCUCCUGCCAACCACCAGGCAGCCCAUAAUGAUGAUGCACCAUCCAAAGGCAGUGGCAAGAAACAGAAGAAUGAGACGGACAAAGGUAAGAGGAAAAAAGAAAUCGUACUCUCAGUCUUUGGCUCUUUUUACUCCUGCAUCUGUAAGCUGAAUAGAAUCUUCUGUUUUGUGUGUUUUCAGAGAACACAGAGGUGAAGCUAAAGGAGCUGCUGACUGGUCUGUCCAGCCUGGCACUGUCAGAAGCUGAAGCUGUCAGUGUGAUUGCCCUGCUCCGUGAGAAGAGCCCAACUGCCUUGGACACCUGGCAGAAGGUGAGACAUGAAUAAGAGAUCAGUUUAAGCUUGAUGUUCUAACAAACAGGUGACAUUUUGCCCUAAUUUGCAUAUAACGGGAGAGUUAUGUCUGUAGUCGGACUUGUUUUUCAGGCUUUAUUUAAUUAUACAUGUUCCACCACCAGACUGCUGCAAGGUCUGAUCCUGCCACACAGGAACGAGAGAGACUCCUCACAACUCUGCAAGAGGAGGCCUCCAUUGCCAAGGACAAAGUGAAACAGCUCAGCCAGGUCUAGAUUCCCAAGUUGCACUUUAUGAACACUUGCUAGAUCGCCAUUCACGUCGCAGGAAAACUUGUGUUGAUUUCAGUAGGGAGCUCACUCUUGCCCUCUCGCUCCUGCGAUUUUAGGAGCUUCAGGUGGAGAAGCAGAAGACUGGCCGUGUGGAGGCCAUGAUGAGAGAGCAACGUACAGCCAUGGAGAAAGAACUUGGGGGGAUGCAGGCCAAAGCUCAGGGAAGUUACCAAGAGCUCCAGACCAUGCAGAUAAAGGUGACACCUCUGAUUCCUGGCUUGAGUGUAGAAAUAAAUUAACUUAUUUUGAGAUGUUGUUUCUUUUCCUAUCAUGGCAAACAGCCAUCAUCAGUUCAAUGAUGUGAAGGCAUUCUCCUCACAGACGCCAAAUCCUGCUUUCUGACGCUCUUUUCUUUUACGUGUAGUUCCAGCAGGUGAGGGAGCAGCUGGACAGCCAGAUCACUCGACUGCAGCAGGAAAACGGCAUCCUGAGGGAUGCAGUCAGCUCCGCCACCAACCAAAUGGAGAGCAAGUGAGUUACCCUACUAGUUAUCCAAGUUUUGUUAGAAUUGUAUAUCAGGUCCUGAUAUUUCCACAGUUGUUUACUUAAGAGGGAACUCUGUGCGAUAGGAGUUACAACCUGCACCCUUAGUACCCAGAGGAGUGGGACUUCAUUAUGACAGAUUGAAUUGAUUCCAGGAUUGUCUAAACAAUAUUAAAUUAGGAAAAAAGUAUUUAUGAUUAGAUUUUUCCACUCCACUUACCUGUGAUUAUGAAAUGACUCACUGUGCAGGCAAAAUCUUUCUGCCUGCACAGACACACAACAGUAAACGUCUUGUACUGGCUAUUUGUAGAUGCUAUCACUAACAUUCUGCAAAAAUGCCUCAUCAACCCUCUUCACAUCGCUCCUUUGUGCUUGUGUCUGCGUGUGUGUUUGUCUUGAUAGGAAUUCAGCCGAGCUGAAUAAGCUGCGUUCCGAGUACGCCGCUCUGAUGAAAGAACUGGCGGAAAACAACGGCAAGCUGCAGCAGGAGGAGCACCAGAGGAAGUCGCUGGAGGUCAGCUACAAGCAGAACGUGUCCCAGCUGGAGGUAUGCUCAUCCAGAUGCACAAUGUGUUUAUUUAGCCUGCGCUUAGUUUCCCCAACCGAGACCCAGAUGGAAAAGAACAGAUCUGCUCAACACCUUGGAAUUCCACACAGCUUCGAAAAGCGAGUGGGUGUGGUGACUUUAUCAGGGAAAUGGGAGGGGGUAUCGCUGAAGUCCCGGGUUAGGGUGUGGGAAAAAAGAACCUGCAUUGGGAGGAGUGUGUUGGCUUUAGAAGCUGGAAUGCUGGAGGUUUUGUGCUGCGUAUAAACAACACUUUCCUGCGAGACACUCGGAUCAGCCUUUCCUGUCUUUUCACUGAACACCUUCAAAGAUGAACUCUAAAGUUGCUUGCUCAACACAGACGAGUCUGAGCUCGAAAAUCAUGCCCAAAAGUUAGGGCUUUUGUGAUAGAAGACUUGUUCCCAAAAUCAGAUUUUCUGACAAGAUACCAGUAUUAGAAAGUAUUGUUUUCUAGAUCCACGUCUGUUGGAAACCUAAAGGACCAAGUCUCGUUGAACUCCUGCACUCUCUAUACACGUCAACCUCCAUCAUUGACCGCUGAGUAAUGAUAUUGACAGCAAGAAGACAGAUGGAUGUAUGACAUUUGUUAUCUUACCCCGUGUUUUAGAGCUGUACACUCGAGCACUUCAAAGCGUAGGAUCUUGACGCCCACUCAAGCCACCCCUGAUAACAUUUUGUAGGCACUUGUUUUCUCGUAUAAUGUGUGGGUGAAGAAAAAAAAACGCAUCCACCAAAUUGGCUACAUCUCUCCACUCUCAGGCUCAGCUGCAGGAAGCAAAGAGACGGUGGGAAGACCUGCAGAAUUUCUGCCACGGCGUCAACGCUGAGAGAGAGAAACUUCAGACCUCUAAGCAAGGUGAUGAAACAUGAUACGACUAAGACAAACGAAGCCCCAGACUCGUCUCAUUUCAGAUUCAAAUGAACGGUCUUUUCAAGUGGCUAAAUGUGUUUGUGUUGAUGUGUUGGUGCAGAGCUCCACAACCAGCUGUUGACAGCAGAGACAGAGAUGAACAACAAGAACAAGGAGCUCCAGACCCUGCACAGCAGCCUGACUGAGGCCAUGGUAGCCAAAGAGAGGCUGGAGGAGAGAGUGCUGGAGCUCAUGGAGAUGUCGCAGCACAGCAUGCCGGAUGACUCACUGCAGGCACGGGUUCAGGUGAGACACAAUAACAUCACUCAUAAAAAAAACUAAGAAAUUAACUUCAAUUAGCAUGAUUGGCUCCAUCGUGACUGGUGUGGAUUGAUAAUUGCGUUUUGUCUGUGAAGUAAAACAACACGAUCUAAUACAUGCUUUUGUUGACAGGAACUUAUGAAUGAAAACAAAAGUCUUCAGGUCCAGAGUGAGAGCUUGCAGGCCCAGAUCUCUUCACAGGUAUAUUUUAAACCAUUUACACGCUUGUCUUGAAAACGAUCUAAUAAUGUGAUCGUAUUUAGGCUAAUAACCUUUCUUUCCUGCUCAUUUAGGCCACACAUGUCUCCCACAUUGAGGAGCUACAGAAACUGUAAGAACUGCUUUCACUUUUGUUUUUACCUUUUAACACACACUGACUGCAUUCAUAGGGAUAUUGUUAUUCUUUGUAUGCUUGCCUAACUUGUCCUCUCCCCCACUUUCGGUUCAGAUUGGCCGAAAAGGAACUGCAGAGGAAGAGUCUGGAGGAUUCUCUAAAUGCCGAGAGAAGCAGCGGGGCCAGUAGAGAAACCAACAUGCAGGUAUAGUCACAUGAGAGCUUCAUCUACAGCUUCUUAUGCUAACAUUGCUGCAGGUUCAUUAGUCUGCUGGAAUUUGCAGAGGCCUUUCACUGCGUUGGGAGGGCGAAAACAGAUCCACAGUUUCAGAGUUUUUUCUCCAUCUCUUUAUUCUUCUGCAGGCCUUGCACAACGAGAACAUGUCACUGAAGGCAGAGGUUCAGAGUCUGCAGGCACAGAUUUCUGAUCAGGUAACCUACAUACCUCUCUGCUGCUCUUCCACGUUAAGACAGAAAACCCAUGCUCCCCUUUAUCGGACACACCCUCUCUUACUGUUUGCAUUCAUCUCUCCCUGUACAGGCUGCCUCUCAGAUGGUGUUGGACCAGUUCCAGAAGAGGUGUGUUUGUGUGAAAACUGGGACAUAUUUUAAAUACAUAAGCUGGUUCAGCUUGUUUCUCUGUCGAUGGAAAUAAGUCAUAAUGAUUAACCGACGGCUCUUUUGAAACCUUUCUCCCUGCUCAGUGUCCUGGAAAAAGAGGAGAACAUGAAAACAGUGGAGGGUCUUUUGGAGAAGGGGCUGAUCGAGGUGGCCAACAAGGAGGAAGAGCUCAAGGUGUCUGUUGAUUUAUUUAUUUUUUGUUUAGAAAGAAACAGGAAACAAAAGUCAUUAGUCUGACACCAGCAUGCUUAAUGACUCUGCACUUCAGUGCUUGCCUUGUAAUCACGAGUCCUAAUGGGCAAAAAUAACUGAGGUAAUGUCUCAUCCUCAUGCAGACUGUAAGAGAAGAGAACGAGACUCUGAAACAAGAAAUGGAGACCAUGAAAAGAGUGACAGCAGAACAGGUGAAAUGCCUAAAAAUGUUACGAAUGACUUGUAGCUGCUUUUUUCAUAAAUCAUAGAUGACUUUUUUUUUAAUCAUCUGUCCCUUUCAUUGCAGGUAUCAUCAGAGUCAGUAGUAGAGGAACUCCAGAACAAGUAAGACCAAUGAAGUAGUUAGGGAUCAUCACGAUCUCUUUGUACAGAUGAGUUAAAAAAACAACACAAACUCUGAUGUAGUCACAGUGGUGCCAACCAUUCAUUUCCAAAGAGGUGUUUAAGCAAAUGAGUACUGUCCCUCAAUAUGCAUAUCUCAUAUCCUUAUACGCUGAGAGUAGGUGACUUGUAUAUUACCCACACUCUUGCAGUUGUUAUGUAAGGGAUCAUUUAUAAGGAGUGUGUUAUUGCAGGACCUGGGAAUCCGGGCAUGUAGAGCAGGACUCUAAUUCAAAGCUCUGGCUUCAUAUCAGAAUUUUUCUUCCUUAUGUUUCUGGUUUGAACAGUGUCAUCUAGCCACUGCUGCUGCUGAGAGUAGUUCAAGCCCAAACACUGUCCACUGACACGUGAUCCCAUAAACCUUUUGCUGCCAUUUAACAAAAACUGGGCUGUAAUUAAUUCAAUCAUUAACAGAUAACUGCAACAAAAAAAAAAAGUGUGACUCUAAAUCUUAGUCACAGUACAGACGAGGAAAAUCAAGACCCAUGUUGUGAUAUCACCAGCUGCUGAACCAUCGCCUUCCUCUCCCAGAGGCAUUUACUACAGGGUUGAUAGAGGUUGACCAGGAGGUCUGAGAGUGGGGUCAUGGCAGUGUUACUGCGGCUUUGUUCACCCUUCACUCUUUCCAUUGAAAAUAUCCUAAUUUAGUUUCACUUACACUAGUUAAUCAGCGGUGGCAGCUUUGCCAGCCAGCUCCUAUGAAAAGCAGCUCAUGUCAUAAUUACUUAUUACAUAACCAAAGGCCACUACUUAGUCUAGUGUGAGCAUAUUCAAGCUAAUCCCCAAACACAGCCCUGAUAGUGAGACUUUUAACACCUGAUCCCCUCUUGUGUGUCGUUGAGCUAACUCUUGUAGCAGAUAUCAUUAUAGAAAUGAAUGUCGGGGGGAUUCCACGUAAAGACUCUUGUUUCACUUCUCUUUCUAGGAUUCAAGAGAGGGAUGUGAAGCUAAAAUCAAUGGAGGAGAGUCUCCAGGCAGCGCAAGACAGUGGUUCGGCCAAAGAGAAGACAGCAGAGGUGUGGCUUUUAUGUAUCAAUGAAACACAUUUUCACGGCAUCCCCUCUGCUGCACAUGUUGUAUUGGCUCGGUUUGAGCUCGUGUCUGAAGCAGUUUGUGUCUCACAGGCUCUGGAGCAGCAGUUGGCCGCCCUGCAGGCAGAGAUAGAGCAGCUGAGACAGAGGGAGAUGCCAGAGGAGCAGAGCGGCUCUGAUACCCAGCUCCAAGAACUCCAGGCUCAGUAAGUCAACCCUCACACUACAGGCACACACAUGUUCAAACACACAUACUUAGAAUUUACCCUGCAAAACAUCAAGCUGAUAAUGAGCAAAUCUGACCCACAGACUGGCUGCCAAGGAUCAGGAGAUCCAGAAGCUUCGGGCUGAGAUGGAGGCAAGAACUGUGGAGAUGAGUGAGAAGAUCGAGCAGGUCCAUCAACAGGUACAUUCAUAUUUGAUCCUGCUUUUAUUUUUAUUAUAUCCUUUUGAGUAUUUGCUUUAACCUGACUUUUUAAAACCUUUUCUCGCACAGCAGUCCCAUACAGCAGUACCAAGCCAGGAGCUGCUUUCAGAGUGAGUAAUGUUGCAUCCAAACACAACAGUACAUUCACAUGUGUAUAAUUAAAAAGACUCUUUACUGCAUCGUAACUCUGAGUAACUCAUGAGUUCUGGUCUUGUCUGCCAGGUUGUCAGAGAAGAACAAGCAAGUCUCAGAUCUGCAGGCUGAGCUGGCUGAGUUGAGGGACUCUGUGGAGCUUCAUAGGAAGAAGAACAAUGUAGGUUUUCGGCGAUGAGUUGAGUUGUAAAACCCCUGCAACCCCGCUCCCCACCUUCCUUAUUGUGUGGACCCCAAAACUCUCCCCUCACACUGGUGCUGAACACCGCAUACAUCCAUACCUCCUGUUGUCCUCUGCCACUGAGUCUCACUUGUCUUGCUUUUUGUUCUUUUUUUUUUUUUUUUAACACAGAAUAGACAACUUUCUCUAAGAUUCGCUGUCAACAUGAUUUCACUCAUCAGUUCAGAUUUCUAUUUUGAUUUGGAUUGCUAAAGCUCAUCGUUGCAUAACAGGGCUUCCAGCCUACUCUUGUUGUGCUUGCCGGUGGCCAUGAGUGUUUCAGCUAGCUUGUCUGUGCUUGUGGAUGAAUCAGGGCAUUAGAAACUAGCCUACCUUGUUUUUUCAAGAGAGGAACAUGCGAUUUGAAAAGUGGAUUUCUUUUCAUUUUAAACCAAUCUUUUCUAUCUCUUUAGAUAGGGUUACCUCAAUGCUGCACAGAACACAACUGCUAUACAUAAACUGUGUACUCUGCAUGCUGCUUUUACCCACACAAGGUGCGAGACACGGACUCUCGAGGGUAUUCCUUCAUACUUAUUUUUAGCUGUUGGAGCAUGGAUGAAAAGCGUAGUAAUCUUAAAAUGAGCAAUGCGUUCAGUAUGUUCUGUUACUCUCACCAGUCUUUAUUUGAGGGUCCCUGGAUGCUUUUUUCCCUUGAGGCUAAACUGAAAGUAGUAUCUCUCUGGAACUGACCAAAACAGGAGCUCCGGGAGAAAAACUGGAGUGCAAUGGAAGCUCUGUCAGCCACCGAGUCCAUGCUUCAAGGGAAACUCAGCAAAGCUGUCAAGGUUCGACACCCCCCACCUGCUUCACUCUAGUUCCAAUCUGAUGCAUCUCCUCCAUCCUUCCCCCCAAGAAAUGCUUUUUUUUUUUUUUGCCAUGAUUGACCCCGUGAAAUGUCUUUUUUUUUUUUCACCACCAUUCAUAACAAAGCUGCAUACUCAUUUACCUCCCUCUCGCUCCCCUUUCCUCUGAUGUUUGGCCUUCAGUUCUCAAUUGGCUGUGUGUUGAGCUGUUGAACUUUGCUUCUACACCAGGAAAAGUUUGAGUUCAUCAUCUUGAAUAUUGGUUUCUUCAGCAGAUCUAUUUGUGCUUUAAGCCCUGAAUUAUACAAAAAAAAGACUUCUCCCUGUCCAGAGCUUCAGCUGAUGCUUGGUAAUGAGUGUGCAGUGUCCUAGAAAUAAUUUCACUAGGUUUCAUUAGACUGAGAUUCACAAUAAUCAUUCUUGCAGCUUCUCGUCUUUACUUUUAUGUGGCUUAUUUCUAGCAUGUUUUUCUCCUCAUCCUGAUUUGGACAUCCAUACUGUCAAUACAGCUAGGGAUGUAACACUACACUAAAUCAUGACAUGUUACAUUUCAGGGUCUUUUCGUCAUAUAUUAAAGGUGUCAGUUACCCAGUUUAUGUUUCAGCUUUAGAGAAGAAAGUGCUUCAUAAGAAUGUUGUUUGUGAUGCUGUAGAUUACUUUAUUUCAUGUUAAGACAUGCUUUUAUUUUGAAAGGAUGCAACAGGCACCUCCACUAGAUAGUGAAGUUACAGGAGAAAAUGAAGACAGCUAAAUUAGCAGCCAACAAAAACAAAAGCUGUAUUUGUGCAAAUAUAGAGGAGAAGUGGUGAAAAAAAAAGAUUAAAAUAUCAAUAACUGAUGUUUAAAGAAAGAAGCUGCAGUGGUCAUCACGUAUAAUUUUGCGAGCUGCUCAGGUGUUAUUGACACUGGCCGUGUUUCCUUGUCCCCAAAAUCUUUAGCUGCUGUCAUUUAGAAUUUGGUAUCAACAUGCCCCCAGGGUGAUCAGAUCUCAAGUUGAUAGCUCUGAAUAUUAGCAUUCAUGCUUUGCAUCAACAUGCGUCACCAAAUGUGACUCCAGUCCAGUGACUACUUGUGAUCCGAUCUGACUUUGUGGCUCCGGAUAAAAAUUAGCAUGAGGCCCCAUGUAGCUAACUGUAAGAUCAGUCAAAGAUGAUAAUAAACACUACACCACUAUCCAAACUUAGAUUCUGUGAAGCGUGGUGUUCUUAGGGUUACGGUUUUGAGGUUCAUCGCGUUAACUGAAAUGACCUCACAGCUAACUCAAGUCUUUUGUUACAGUGGAAAAAAGAUCGAUGUCAUUAACACAUAGAUCUGCAUUGCGUCUCAUAACCACACUGCACUAUGAAACUCUGAGAACUGCUACUUCAGCUCUCUGUGUGUUAUUCACAGCAUGUGGAGGCCUUGAUGGUGCAGUUUAUCAGGGUGUCAGUCUCUUUUUAUUCACAUGAAAGGCAUUACUAAAGACUAUGAUAAAGCUAUUCAUUGAUAAGAUGUUUUACUUAUGAAAGACUGCAGAGAAAUAUUGACUCUGUAUGGUUUGGCAGUCUUUAACUUCUCUUCAUAAGUGCCAUGGAUACAGACAGGGGGGGCGGUCCUUGAUGAGGCCCAGGAUACAUGACCUCACACAUUCUGACCACAACUGUAUGUGGACUAAGAGAGCAGAUCAGAUUCUGUCCUGGGGGUGCAUUGAGGUGUGUUCACACCUGUGGUUAAGGCUGACCACUUGUGGUCUAAUUACCCAGGAGGCAUGUCAGUGCUAAAGUUAAAUAGGGACAGAACACAUCAAGCACCCUCUGAUGUGUAACGAUUUUCAACUCUCUUGCGAAUACCUUUACGUCCUUGAGUAUAGCUAAUUAUUCAGCGGACAAAUGUGUGUUUAAUCGCUGAAAACUCAGUCCAGAACAUGUGAUUAUCAAAAGUAGUUAAACAUGCUACAGUUUUCCUUGUGUUUCUUUCUAGAAGCAGAGCCACAGGUUCCUUGGUAUUAACAUAGUGAGCUACCAGAUAGCUGGUCUAUUAACAGUUCCUGUGACGUCUGUGUAUUUUCGUCGCCCUCCACUACAUUAGAGAAGGGUACAUGCUGAACUGUCAGCACAGCAGCUGCUCCUCUGCCAUCUGAGUACAGUAGAAAGCUCCUUCUCAGAGCCGAGCCAGGGAGUUCCUUGGCAGCUGUUGUGUACUGUCAGUGCACGCUGGUCGCAUUUACUUGUCUCUGAGCCGCCUUCUGACACAGUGUGUUAAUGUGAAUAGUGGUUCGAGCGCCAGCUGGCUAGUGCUUGGCGUACAUUCUCCCUCCAGGCCACAGAGUGACAGUGCAUGAUGCUAGCCUAUUGUGGGAGGACUGAUAGCUACCUUUUUAUUUAUUGAGGAGUUUCAAGGUAUUUUCCUGAAAUCAGACUUGAUGUAUUUAUGGUUGCAGGAGGAGUGAAGCAUGUGAUAUGCUCUGAAUGGCAGAUUGCUGACACUUUGUGUAGGUGUGGCCCGUUGAGAGAUGUUUUCUCGGGGUAAUUGGAAGUAGAAGCCAGACUGUUUAUCACAUUGCUCUUUUCUCAAGUGAUGAUUUGGAUGCUGAAUCAUUCCUGCGACAUUGAUUGGAGCAACUCAAUUGAUGAUUUCAAAUUUGCUUUGACGUCCUUUUCAUUGAGAGAACUGAACUUUUUUAACAAUCCGCGCUUAAUCAGCACCCCUUUGUUUUUUUUCCUCUUUCCUCUUCACCCCACCCAUCGCCUUGCAGGAGAACCAGACAGAACUGGCAGCAAUUCAGGCUGAGUGUCGAGAUGUUCUGCACAGACUUCUGCCCCAUGUGCCUCUGCCCAGUGAGCAGGUAUGGUUAAUCAUGACAUUUGUACCUCAUGCAAGUUGUGAUAAACACACUUUUUACUCUGUUGUACUGGUGUUUCUCUGCUUAUUCUUGUCUCCUUGUGUCCUCUGUCAAAUAGAACCAUCAGGAGUGGCUCCAGAGAUUUGAAGCAGCAGCAGCAGCUGAAAGCUCAGCCACACAAUCCACCCCUGCAUCAGGGGAUUCCAAGGUAAAUAAAAUGGAUUCAAAGUUGAACACCUUCCUCUUAAUUUGAAGGUAUUUUUGGUUAAAUGUACCCUCCCUUGGGUUUUCCAGGGACUGGCUGAGAAGCUGAAAGAGGCCGAGGAAACCCAAAAGAUUCUACAGAAAGACUGUGAGACAUACAAGAAGGUUUUAGCAGAGACGGUGAGACGAGUCUCGUUUUGAACUUUGGAUUUAAAUUUUGAAUUGUGGUGUUAUUUAGUAGACUGAGCUGUAAUUCCUGCUGCGUCCUCAGGAGGGCAUCCUGCAGCGCCUUCAGAGCAGUGUGGAGCAGGAGGAGUCUCGCUGGAGGGUGAAACUGGAGCUAUCGCAAGGAGAGCUCAGAGAGGUGAGUUUUCAGGUUUUGUUCGGAGUGAACACCUCAGGUAAAAAUCAGAUCACUCAGGCGAUGAAUUAUUGCACCAUUUCAAAGCUUUACUCUCUUGUGCUCACUAUAGAUGAGCCAAAAAGUCACAACUUUGGAGCAAGAAAUUGAGAGACUAAGUGAUGGAGCAGAAUUGGAAAAUGUAAGUUAUCUUCAAGCACACGCCUCACGCUAAAUACCAAACUACAAAAACUUGGUUUAUAAGUUUAUGAAACCUCUGUUGGUGUCUUUAGCUGAGAAGAGAAAAGCAGCACUUGGAGUCAGAGUUGGAGAGGGCAGAGCGUGAGAGUGCCACAUAUGUGACGGAGGUCAGAGAGGUGAGCAUAAAAUAUAGCAGCUUACGCCAGUCUGGUCACAUCCUGUCAUGCCACAGCAUCCAUCCUGGUAUGAGAGAGCUUUCUUGAAUGUCAGUGUCAUGUUCAUGGUGUGUUUUCAUGUUUUUUUUGUUUUUUUUAACAUCCUGUACUUUAAUUCUGGGCAUAUCGAGUGAACACCACACAUGAUUGAUAUUGUAAAAUAGAUUUUAAAAUGUCUCACAUAGUGAGCUCUGGAUAUAACUUAGCCACAGAACUUACAAGACUAACACAAUCAAGCACCUUUGGGGAUUUAUAGUCAUGCACAACAGGCUCUUGUGCUUUGUUAUUUCUGUAUCUCUACAUGGCUCUGCUUUUUCCUGAGCAGUAUUCCCCUCUGCCCUUAUAACCUGAUCAAUUCAUGCACAGUUUGUGUGCACGUAGUGCUCUCUCCUGGACAAACUCCCCUCAGCCUCUGAUUAAACAAAUAAUCUUAAUUUCAGCUCAAAGAUCUGUUGACUGAAUUGCAGACCAGGCUUGAUGGCUCAUAUACAGAGGCUAUCAGACAGAAUGAGGAGCUGAAUUUGGUAAGCGCUUCUCACUCUCUAGCUAGAUCUCCUGAGAGAAAAAAAAAAAAAGAAGGAAAAAGAAAAGCUCUUCCUUAUUGCGCUUAGCAGCAGUGGCUCCUCCUCCCUGGACGGGGACUUCUUCUGCGACUGUGGGUCAUCAGUCCAUAACCUCUACAUACUCACCUAAACCUUACCUAAGGGAUGAUUUUCUCUUAUAUCUGAGUGAAUUUGUCAAGUAGAAAAGUAAAAGAGGUUGCGAAUGAUGACUCACCUUCACACUUAGUGGUACUUACAGGACUAACACCUUCUCCUUUCUUUCUCUCUACUGGUGCUUCUUGUUAAUUUUGGUCAGGCAUCUAACAGAAAGCUUACACCUCGUAGUCCCAAAAAAGCUCCUUUUUUCCUUAUCUUCACCUUCAACUUCACACUGUUGUUCCCCACAUGAACCUUCUGUCUGUCUGAGUCACUUCUUCUAUGAAUUUCACUGGAAAUUUUAAUCUUUGUCAACUGUUUGCUGAGCAGUACGCAUCAGCUGCAUUCAGGCCAACAAAAGCACUGUACAAAAAAAGCCUCCUGGGUAAAUUACAAGGUCAUGAAACACAACGUGUUGCCAAACUCUUGUUGCACAAUCAUAAUUUGGCCCAUUAGGUUUACGCUUGCCCAUAUGAUCUAGUCGACAACACUCCCAGGUGAAGGAAGUGACUAAUCUUGGAAAGUUACUUGCUGCACUAUUUCCUGGGCUGUAAAAUCUUGAUUUGAAGUGUCAUAAAGUGCUCUGCUGUGAUACGGCCUCUGAUAAGGCUUUAAAUUUUAACCUUUCAUCACCCUGAACUUUUAGAUGUGUGAUUCAUCUUCCCACAAGUAGCUGUAACAUCCUACCCACACCAACGCAGCCCCAAACACUGGGUUUUUUUAUGCAGUGCUAUUUUGGUUCAAACAAGGCCAAAGUAGGACAGUCACAGUACUGUUCGAUUUUGGUGCAAAUGUGGAGCCGUUGUUAUGUUUGCUUGAGCUAAAUGCUUUAAGUUAAGCAAAAUCAUAAAUGGUUUUAAAUAGCUGUAAGUCAUGUGCUGAAAGUUUGUUUUGAUUCCAGCUGAAAACCCAGCUCACUGAGACUCUGCUAAAGCUGGAGACGGAAGAGAACGAGAGGCAAAAGGUGGCUGGUGACCUCUAUAAGGUAAAAAUGCUCAUAUUCUUUAUUUCACCACUGAUUUAAGUCCAUCUCCAGACCAGGCUGUUAAAAGUGGAUCUCUUUGCGCUUUAAUCCAGGCCCAACAGUCUCUCGACCUGAUCCAGGGGGAGCUCUCAAACGUGACUGACAAUGCUGAUGACCUGAUAGAGAACAGCAGUCUGACGUCACAGAGAGUAAGAGUUUGAGUGAAUGUUUGCUCGUGAAUUUUUUGGAUUUAUGGUUGGUUUAAUUGCAUCUUCUACUCCGGCAGGAAGAGAUUGACAGAAAGGAGAAAAUGACUGCAGGGCUGAACCAAACAGUCACAGAACUGCAGCAGCUGCUACAAGCCGUCAGCCGGCAACUCACCAAGGGACAGGAAGGGGUAAGACCUGUUACAACCCAAUGAAACUGAAUAACAUCAAAGUCCCUGUCUAUGUACAUGCAACAGUAUCUGACUUUGAAACUUGCUGCUUUUCCUCCAGGAGGGGGAAAAAGACCUGCCCAAGGUAUAGUAAGAGGACGACAGACCCCCUCCCCCCACGCAGCCACCCUGACUGCACUUCAGAGACCACAUUUGACCUUCAGUCUCAUCACUACCACCAUCACACCAUACUGUCAGGCCCAGCCUUCCCCCUUCCUCCGACUCCUGUCACCCCACCUGUACUGUAGGCCACCUCCAAGUGACUCUGGGAAACCACUCCCAGUCCCCACAGCCGGCCAUAAAGGGAGCAGGCCAUGGUUACUGUUCACUCCAAACACUCCACACACUGUACCAGAACACACUACUCUGCUCCCACCACAUUCCUCUUCUUCAGCAGCAUCACCAGUUAAUUUUUGUCCUUAACUUAAAAAUGACUUUCAGCAUCAUUUAAACUGUGUGGCAACCAUUCCUCUGUUUAAAAACACCUGUAUUUUCAAUGAACUCCUUUUUGAAUACUGCAGUAGUUUGUUGUUUAUUUGUAAUGAGAGGGCAGUGAUACAAAUUUCCAACUUGAUGAGAACAAGCUUUGGGUUUUUUCAGUCUUUUUUUUUUCUUAACUUCAAGACAUGUAUUGUUUAAAUGUAACAGUUAGGACCUGCUGAAAUACACAAUGUUGUUGAUCUGUUUGCCUCCUGACCAGAAAAACUAUCACAAACUGUGCAUUCAUGAAGUCAUAGCUCCAUGCAUACCUUGGCUGAGUAUUGGGCGAGAGAAAGGGGGGAUCAGAAGGGGUCUCAGCAUAUCAGGAGGGUCACCGCGUGACUAUAACCGCAGAGAUGCAUGGACAAACUGUAGUCAAGUGUGUACUGCAGCUCCAGAGAGAGAAGGAAGUCUGUGACCCUGGCUGGGGAGCGAGAAGGCCAGGUCAACAGUGUUAGGUUUUUAAUCCUACUGCAACUACUCUAGGAAUAAGCGUCCCAUAUCAUCUGUAAUCAACACUUGCUAUAUUGUUGCUAAGUUCAUUAACACUGAAGAUUUUGUUCUUUUUGUAACAGGUGAUGUUAAUAAAAGGGAUGCUUGAUAAAUCUGUCCAGCGUCCUGUGCUGCUUGUUUUUAUUCUCUUGCACUUCCUUCUUCCUACCACUAUGAGGCAGCACAUGCCUUUGUGGAGUUGCAAAUAGAAUUCUAAAUUUGCACUGGGAAAUGAAGCUUUGGCUGGAAGGUACAUUCUGUUUAGGCUACAUGUUCAUCUGACUUCCUCUUCAUCAUGUUAGUCCUGCUGUGGUGUUAUUUAAGUGUCUGAGAGGUGAGGACUCUACAAUCAAGAGUCUGGAACAUCCAGGGUGUGAACAGCUUCCUGUGAUGCAAGCAUGCGGCUGUAUAAUCCCUUUUGAACAGGAGACAUGUCUCAUAUCCUGAGUGUGGUUUCACAAUAUGUUUCCUCUCAACCAGAAGACUUUAAGAGAAGUCCGGAUGCCAUUGCUGAUGCAAUAUAAACCUUAAC